AUGGCCUCGACAACGCUAGAGGAAGAUCCUGAGCGUUAUUAUCCAGUCCUUGACCUUGCAUGUGGAACACUCUACGUCUCCGUUAAAAGUCAUUACUCGGCCAAGUUUGUGGACGUGUUCAGGCAGAUUCUGGAAGUAGGCAUUGUCUCCUCCACUGAUCAUAUUGAGGAUGUGGAAGAGCAGGAAAGGAAAGUCGGCAAGAUUAUCAAGAACAGUAAGGUCGAUAGAAAGGACUUCUUCGUGACUAUCAAAGUCCACGCUCCGCUGCGGAACGCGUCUCGGUCAAAGCGCUUCACCUUUCAAAAGCUGAGAUCCGAGGCUGACACUACCAUGAAAAAGACCUUGGAGAGACUGCAACUCGACUAUGUGGACCUCAUUCUUCUGCAUGAUGCUCACGCUGUCAUCAAAGACCAAGCAUUCAAGGAAGCCUGGGAGAUUUUGGGGCGUUUUACGAAAGAGAUCGAUGAGAAAACGAAAAGCACCCGGUGCAGGUUUAGAGGACUCUCAAACUUUGACAAGAGCAACUUUGGGAUAGGAAACUCAGAAGUUGCCAUCGAAACCACGUCACUUCGUAGCGGCGAUUUCCCGGACUUUCGCCACUAUCAGGAGGGAAAAGAUAGCAAGGCCUAUCAUGACUGGAUCCAAAGUGGUAGUGAGCUGGAACUCGGAGACGAAGAGACGCGAAGGGGGCUUCGUAAUAUAUUCAACCACCGGGCGAAGUAUUUGCAUAAGGUGUUUAGAGAUCACUCGAUCUCUGAAAAACCCCGCUUCAUGUUCUUGGACCCUCUGCCGUUUCAUAGCAGGAGUGUUUCGAUGUACGACUUCCUGGGAAUGUUGGGUUCGGGUUUUGGUGCAACACCAAGUGACGUCCUGGGAAAGUGGGCUUCUAUCACACCACAAAUCCGUUCUUCUGGUGUAGUGGGAGAACUAAAAAAUGAAUUCCACAUGUCGGAAUUUGACCGCGGGCGAAUCGACUUUUCAUUCAACUCGACGUUCAGGAUCUCGGUAACGGCGCAAACACCCGAAAAUCAUCAAUAG